CCUGAACAAGAACAGGACCGGCAAGAAGAGGAAUCGUUGAAAGCCAAACCCACCGUUCAAACUGCACGUUGUCGUUACUGUAAAGGCAGUCAUUUCUCACACAAGUGUCCAAACAAGAGCGAUAUGGAGGCCAUGCAGGCUCUGAGGGAAAAACUGAAGGGGAAAACCGAAGGAGCAGAGGAGCCGAAGGAAAUUGUACGUCCGCCCCGGUCACCAUUCACUUCCGCGUGA